AUGGGGUCUAGGAAACCUUUUGUCUUUACUGAUGCAGCCAACGUUGGCACUCUAGAACAGGGCAAAUCACCCCCUUAUGAGAAGCUGUGUAGUAGCUAUGCUGAAACUGUUGGCAGAUCUAAUUGCUCCAAUCAGGGUGCUAUGCAACUUAGGGACUCGUUGAUGUCUUGGAGUGUCGAUGGGCUUGGUUAUGUUCCCAGUGUAGUUGGUAAGCCAUUAUAUGUUGAUUCCUUGACUAAGUCUAAAAGAAGAUUAUCUUAUGCAAGAAUAUGUGUGGAGCUGGAUGCCACGGAUGAGCUUAUUGACACCUUCAAUCUUCGAAUGGUUAACCCUAAUGGGGAGGUCCAAGUUGGGGAGAUAUGUGUUGAGUACUAA